AAAAAUAUAUUAAAAAAAGUAUAUCUAAGAGAAAUUCCAGGAAUCUUCCCUGGAUAGGAUUUUCCCGGAAGGGGGGAUUCGUUGAAAAAACUGCUCCCACCGGAACUUGCAGAGAACCAUGCUGUUCUGCACGCCCAUUGACUAAAUAGCACCGAUUCUCUUUGGCUGUCACAUGAAAUCAGCAACGCCGCAACCUCUGAAACCUACCAUUCAAAGUUAAUCCAUUUGAACAUUUUUACGUUUAUGACCGUUGGCUCUGCUAUAGUGGAGCCAUGUCUGCAUAUAAAAACUGAAACUUUAAUUUCUCCGACAUUCCGAAGAAACUCUUUGGAACUGACUGAGUUUCUAAGUUCCGACAUGUAUGCUUUUGGUUCUACUUAGCUUAUAGCGUGGGUGAUAAAUUUCUCCGACACAGCUGAACGCGUAUAUGUGGAAAAUUUGGUCCCGAGAUAGCAUUCUUUAGUACUUUACAAUCAUUACGCGUUUGUUUUGUUGGCUGAAUAUUCCAAAAGCGUGAGAACCUUUAAAAUCUGUAUAUUUAAUGGAUAAAUCGACCAAUUCUAAGUUCAAGCUGCUACUUCGUAUUAUCUCAAAGAUUUAAUACUAUAUCUAUAUAAUACUGCAUAUAAAUCUUCUCAUCUUUUCCUACAUCAAAUACCUUUGGGAUAUUCAUCUUGACUCUUGCUUUGAUGGUGGUUAAGAGGAAUUUUAAUGGGGAUAAAGAUGGUUCUGAACCGUCUAAGCGCAGACAAGAAUUUCAGAUGCGGGCUUUUCCACGUGUGUUUUCAGACCUUGAGAUUCAACAAUUCUGGGAACCUUUUUUUCGAAAAGUGGUACAGGAGGAGUUGGAACGUGUUUUGCAAUCAAUUCACCCAUGUCCAAGAUCCUCAACUCAGCCGGCUGCAUCUGGGGUGAGGAGCUUGCAUUUGCGCUUUGUCAAUGCAUUGCCCUCUCCCAUAUUCACAAAAAAUAGGUUAAAAGCUGAGGAUGGCUCACCCAUCAGAAUUGAACUGUUUGAUACUCGGUCUGGGACUAUAGUCAAAGCCGGUCCUCUUUCCACAAUAAAACUUGAUAUUGUCGUCCUUCAUGGUGAUUUCUGUUCUGAUGACCAUGAAGACUGGACCGAGCAGGACUUCAAUGCCAGUGUUGUACGUGAAAGAGAAGGUAAAAGGCCAUUAUUGGUUGGGGUUCUGAAAGUGACCUUGAUCGAAGGUGCUGGAUGUAUCGGUGAUAUCCAAUUCACUGAUAAUUCGAGAUGGACGAGAAGUGGACAAUUUAGGUUAGCAGCAAAAGUUGAGCAAAAGGUUUCUGGUGAAGUUAAAAUCAGGGAAGCUACAAGUAGAAAAAUUGUGGUAAAAGAUCACCGCGGAGAAUCGAAUAAGAAACAUGAGACUCCAUCCUUGGGGGAUCCAAUAUGGCGUUUGAAGAAGAUAGGAAGAGAUGGUACAAACUGUAAACAAUUGACUUCUUCUGGAAUUCAAACCAUCCGAGACUUUCUGCUGCAACACGCAAUCAAUCCAUCCAAAUUACGCAAUCUUUUAAAAAGGGUGGCAGAUAGAAAAUGGAAGGAAAUCAUAGAAAACGCAAUGGCUUCUGUUGCAAAUGAUCGUAAGCUUUAUGCUUACCACAGAGCUGGUGAACGUGUUGGCCUCCAGUUCAAUUCUAUCUAUCAGGUUGUAGCGGCCACAUUCGAUGGCCAUAACUAUUGUCCUGUGCAAACACUAAGCUUAGAUGAGAAGCAUGCGGUGGAAGUUGUGAAGCAGCAAGCGUACGAAAAUAUCAAUGAUUGGGUCCCCAUGGCCAAUGAGCUAUCAACUGUAAGCUUUUCAAGGCCCUCAGGAAGUAUACAGGAUUAUCCAUUUGGUGUUCCAGAGCAAAAUCCACAACAAUUUGAAUUCCCACUUCCAGUCACACAUCAAGUUCAAGGAGAAAUAUGGCCGAGUUUCAACCAACCACUCCCAUCAUAUCCAGCAUCACAUGUCCAUGCAGGAGAAACGAGCAAUCAAAUAGAAGCUUCUGGACUACAAAGCAAUCAUCCAAUGCCAAGCAACUAUUCAAUUGAUGAUUAUUUGAUUGGACAUUUCAACACAGAGGGAAAUGAUUUUAUCAUUUUUCCGAGCAACCAAGCAGAUUUUGGCAACUUCACUUUCUCCAAUUCUGGUGUGGUGCCUAUUUCAAGGGCUGGAAAGGCAGCAUGGUGUAAGAUUCGGGCUGCUGCCAGGUGGAGUACAGUUUGGCGGGAUGUGGCUGCUAAAAGAACCGCUAGGCCAAUCUGCAUAUAAUUUCUAGACUCAAAUUGUGAAGAAGUUCUCCUUUGGAAGUUUUUACCUAGAUCUAUAAUAACUUAGUUUGUAAGAUACCUUUUUCAGCAACCCCAUCCUUUCCUUUGUAUCAAGUUCAGUGAAGGAGAACAUGUAACUGUGUGAUUCUUGGGUCAUUAUGUACAAAGUAUUUUAGUGAUCGAUAUGACACUGUAUGAUACCUCAUAUCAGGGUAAAGGAAGGUGGUGACUAGCACCCCACGUGGUUUGGGAAUAAAAUUGGGAUUGAAUGUUUUAAGGAGUUUCAAUUGUAAAAUUGAUUAAUCCGUUUGAAAUAUGGCUCUAAGUUUCUUUGAA